UCUAUACAUAAUACUGCACACGUACAAAAGCGGCGACCCGCGCGCGCCGCACUGUUGUCGGUUUUCUUACAUAGAUAUAAGCGCUCGUCGGCGGUGGCCGGCCACGAGCAGAGGAUAGAACAACGGACGGGUGAGGGGCACGGGUGAUGGGGACGGGCAAGCUUAUAUACAGGCAAGUUCCGGGGACAAGCAGCCGAUCCGCCGCCGCCACCGAAGCAGCAGUCGCUCGUUAACCGCCGACGGUGUCGCCGAAAACGUUUCAUGUGCGCGAUUUAUUAGAUUAUUUUGUUUUUUUUUUUCAUACCUAUUUUUUUUUUAAAAUUAUUAUUAUUAUUAUUAUUAUUAUUACUGUCAAUUCGUACCUACUUGAUUGCGGUCGUCCCAUAUCUAUACAUACAUGUCCGCCGACGCCGUCCAACUCCAUCCUCCCGUCGUUUGGCCGUAAAAGCGAGAAUUUUUUCGACUGCAAAUCGUAUGUCAUAUCAAAGUAUUUAAGAAAAUAUAUUUUUUUUCUAUCUCAUCGGAUAACGUAUUUUUCGACCAUGGGGUUUCGGAAUAAUUUUUACUGUAAACGGCGGAAAAUCAAAACAAUACGCCGGUCAUUAUAACAACGACAACAACAAAACCAGCAGCGACAACGCACGGUCAUCGCAGGCGGCUAGCUCGGCCGUGUGGUGGCCGCUGGAGGUUGUCUUUCAUGUAUCCCGGUGGUCCGGCACCGGCGAGCCGCUUCAGCGAUCAUGGCAAUGGACAAGGCGUGCUGCUCGCAUUUAUGCCCGGUGUUGGCUGCCACCACCCCGCCGACCGCGGAGUGCCUGAACGACCGCAAAUGGUGGUGCUUCCUGCUGUCCAGCGUGUUCACGUUCCUGGCCGGCCUGCUUAUCGUCCUGCUAUGGCGGUUCUUCGCGUUCCUGUUCACUCGCAAGCAGCCGGCCGAGCUGACAGCGCCCGGGUGUCCCAACUCCGAGCCCAAGAAAGAGACCAAGCGUCAGGGCAAACAAGAGUUCGAGGGCACGUUCAUGACAGAGGCCAAAGACUGGGCAGGCGAACUGAUAUCCGGGCAGACUACCACCGGCAGGAUACUGGUGGUGCUUGUGUUCAUUUUAAGUAUAGCAUCUCUAAUAAUUUAUUUUAUCGACGCCUCCAACGAGGAAGUUGAACGAUGCCAAAAGUGGAGUCAUAAUGUUACUCAACAAGUAGAUUUAGCGUUCAAUAUCUUUUUUAUGGUUUACUAUUUUAUAAGAUUUAUAGCAGCCAGUGAUAAGUUAUGGUUUAUGUUAGAAAUGUAUUCAUUUGUAGACUACUUCACGAUUCCACCGUCGUUUCUUUCAAUAUACUUAGGUCGAACUUGGAUCGGUCUAAGGUUUCUCCGAGCCUUACGUUUAAUGACAGUGCCUGAUAUUUUACAAUAUUUAAACAUUCUAAAAACGUCGAGUUCCAUUCGACUUGCUCAACUCGUGUCUAUUUUUAUAUCCGUAUGGUUAACCGCUGCCGGAAUUAUUCAUCUACUUGAGAACUCAGGAGAUCCAUUCGAGUUCAAAAACCAACAGCGGUUGUCAUAUUGGACUUGCGUGUACUUUCUCAUUGUCACUAUGUCCACUGUUGGAUAUGGAGACGUGUUCUGUCAGACGAUUUUGGGCAGAACUUUUCUUGUAUUUUUCCUACUCGUCGGACUUGCGAUUUUUGCGAGUUGUAUACCCGAGAUAAUUGACCUGAUCGGGACUAGACCAAAAUACGGAGGAACCCUGAAGAAUGAACGUGGAAGGAGGCACAUUGUCGUUUGUGGACACAUUACGUACGAGUCGGUCUCUCACUUUUUGAAAGACUUCUUACACGAAGACAGAGAAGACGUGGACGUGGAAGUAGUAUUUUUACACAGAAAAGAGCCAGAUUUAGAAUUGGAAGGGCUGCUCAAACGUCACUACACCACUGUCGAGUUUUUUCAGGGUACAAUGAUGAACGCAGUAGAUCUUGAGAGGGUGAAGGUUCAUGAAGCCGACGCUUGUCUGGUUUUGGCAAAUAAAUACUGUCAAGAUCCGGACGCUGAAGACGCUGCGAACAUAAUGAGGGUUAUUUCUAUCAAAAAUUACUCGGACGACAUAAGGGUUAUAAUUCAACUUAUGCAGUAUCAUAACAAAGCGUAUUUACUAAACAUUCCUUCGUGGGACUGGAAACAAGGCGACGACGUCAUUUGCUUGGCCGAGUUGAAACUCGGUUUUAUCGCGCAAAGUUGCCUGGCUCCAGGUUUUUCCACUAUGAUGGCGAACUUGUUCGCAAUGAGAUCGUUCAAAACGAGUAGAGAUGUGAUAGAGCGUUUGAUACCGUGUAUAGUUCCUGUGAAGAGUGUGGAGUUUGGUGUAUUUCAGUCUCCGGAUACGCAAGCGUGGCAGAACGACUAUCUGCAGGGCACCGGCUGCGAGAUGUAUACGGAGACCCUAUCCCCGUCGUUCACCGGCAUGACGUUUCCGCAAGCCAGCGAGUUGUGCUUCACCAAGCUGAAACUGCUGUUGUUGGCCAUCGAGAUAAAGGGUGAGGACGGUCGAGACAGCAAGAUAUCAAUAAACCCUAGGGGUUCAAAAAUACAAGCAAGCACUCAGGGAUUUUUCAUCGCUCAGUCUGCCGAUGAAGUUAAAAGGGCAUGGUAUUAUUGCAAAGCGUGUCACGAAGAAAUUAGAGACGAGACAUUGAUUAAGAAAUGCAAGUGCAAAAAUUAUGUCGGUAUGAUUAUGAUGGAGACUGGAAUGAUGGCACAUAAUUAUAAUUUCGAGGUGGCGACAUUCCGGAAAGGCGUUCGCGCUAUACAAAUGGUCGGACGGGCAAACGAUCAUCCUCCCCCCACGGAAACUCCACCAACUCUUCCAAAGAGAGUACAUAAUAUCAGAGGUGACGUUGGAAAGGAUAAGGAAAUAACGCUGAUGAGUAACAAAAACGGAACGACCAUACCCAAUUCGAUUAUGUCUGUAACAAAACAAGUGAACAAAGUGAAACCCAUCAAUCGUCCGACGGACAAGGGAUCUCCAAAUCAGACUUAUAACAAUCGAACACAACAAGACGAAGGAAGCUACGCCGGUUACCAACUUGCAUACGAAGUCAAAAAACUCUUGCCUACCACUCGAGGAGGAUCAGCCGGCACAAACAUGAGUAAUAAUGGUAUUCAAAUAGGAAUUGCCGACGAUCAGGCAAAAGACUUUGAUUUUGAAAAGACUGAAAUGAAAUACGACUCAACCGGUAUGUUCCAUUGGAGUUCAGCAAAAAGUCUGGAAGAAUGCAUUCUAGACAGAAACCAAGCGGCCAUGACGGUGUUAAACGGCCAUGUCGUGGUGUGCCUGUUCGCCGACCCAGACUCUCCGCUGAUCGGACUCAGGAACCUGGUGAUGCCGUUGAGGGCGUCGAAUUUCCAUUAUCAUGAGCUGAAGCACGUGGUCAUUGUCGGCGCCGUGGACUACAUCCGCCGCGAAUGGAAGAUGUUACAAAACUUGCCGAAAAUCUCCGUUCUCAACGGGUCGCCACUCAGUCGUGCCGACUUGCGUGCGGUUAACGUUAACCUGUGCGACAUGUGCGUGAUAUUGUCGGCAAAAGUUCCUAGCAACGACGAUCCUACACUGGCCGACAAAGAGGCCAUUCUGGCGUCGUUGAACAUCAAAGCGAUGACUUUCGACGACACCAUUGGAGUGCUCACACAAGACGAAGCUGUGGUGACCAAGCAGUUCGAUACGGAAGGUCUUAACUGUGCCGGUGGCCCUAUUGUACUGCAAAGACGAGGGUCGGUAUAUGGGGCAAACGUGCCGAUGAUCACCGAGCUGGUCAAUGACAGCAACGUUCAAUUUCUCGACCAAGACGACGACGACGACCCUGACACCGAACUGUACCUCACACAACCAUUUGCGUGUGGUACCGCCUUUGCCGUCAGUGUACUGGAUUCGUUAAUGUCAACGACGUAUUUCAAUCAAAACGCCUUGACACUCAUCCGAUCAUUGAUAACCGGCGGGGCGACUCCCGAACUCGAGUUAAUUUUAGCCGAAGGUGCAGGCCUUCGAGGUGGAUAUAGUACUGACGAGAGUCUGGCCAAUAGAGACAGGUGCAGAGUUGGACAGAUUUCGCUGUACGACGGCCCUUUAGCUCAAUUCGGUGAGGCCGGCAAGUAUGGCGAUCUGUUCGUUUCUGCUCUGAAAUCGUACGGGAUGCUGUGCAUUGGACUAUACAGGUACCGAUUCAGAGACAGAAGCUCGUCCUGUGAUGCAUCAUCCAAACGAUACGUCAUCACCAACCCGCCAGAUGACUUUUCCCUCAUGCCAACGGAUCAGGUUUUCGUUUUAAUGCAAUUUGAUCCUGGGCUCGAGUACAAACCAACCAGCAGAAACGGCGGUCGGGUCAAAGACGACAACUCCUGACUAUUGCUUUGUAGCGCUCUCACAGACGGUCCGUACUCGUACAUAUAAACCGCCGUUGGGUCAAGCGACCACUGAAAAGUUUAAAUAAUAAUAUUAUGUUCAGUAAAGCUCAACAUUUCGAACAACCGACACUCCGAAGCUGUGUCCUAUUAUUAAAGCGUCGUUAGUCACAGGACUUUUUUUGAAAUUGUUUACCAAAUAUUACAUUUCAACAAACGAACUGUGUCAAUUUCCGAAAUGAUUCGUUGACUAAAAAAUACACAGAGUAGCCUUCCUAUCGCAGGGAAUAGCACCGGCUAACACGCGUUCAAGUGGGAUAAACGCCGAAAGCGAUUGUGCCCAUAUUGAACUCGUGUUAUCCGUCGCUACUUGUAACAACAAUUAUUAGUAUACAAUUUUUAAAUAUUUCCAAACUGUUGUGAAAUGAGUUUUCAGUAUUUUUAAAAUUAUGUUUUGACAUGAAAUUUACUGUUUUGAAAAUGUUCUUUACAAAAUGUUAUAUAUAAUCAUAUUUAAAUAAUAUUUUUAAUUAACAUUUUUGAAAUACAGAAUUUCGUGUCAAAAUGUCAUUAUAAAGUAUUUGAAAAAUAUUAAAAACACGUUUGUCAACAUUUUGGAAAUAUUUAAAUGUUUUUUUUUUCUGUUUGGACGUCUACUCGGUAUGUUAUAAAACCGAUCGUCUUAGUUGAGGGAAAGCGAUCUAAUCUGUAGUUUAAAUUAAUUUUUGUAUUUUAUAUACCUAUAUUUUUUUAGUCGGGGUCAACUAUAUUGUUCUUGAUUCGGGGGGAAGCAACAUUAGAUUCAUAUUAUUUUUGUAUUGAGAGUCUGUAGUAAAAUAUACCUAUUUCAGUGGUUCGCUAAAGAACCUAUCGAAGUGGCGAAGAUAAAAAAGUAUAUUAUAUUAUGUCGAGUGCAAAACGGAAUCCCAGUGGCUGCGCUACACAUCUCGUAUCAAAUCCUUGUACAUAAUAUAUUAUUAUAAUAAUAGAAAAAUUGUGUAUAGCAAACGAUUGUUGAAAAUUCUCAUUGUCACUUCAUUAUUAUCAUACGACACGCUAAAAACUGUACGACUUGAAAAAAGCCACCUAAUCGAAAUGUAAAGGUCUUUUAUAUAGCUUUAAUUAUACCCUCUAUAAUUAAUGUGUUUGUGAUGCCCACCAAAUACUGUCGAAGUCAGUAUUUUCAAUUCGAUGUAAUAAUAUUAAUAGGAUAAGAAUAUAUAUUAUUAAUCUGUACACACAAACUACGAAUGUAAUACCUAUUAUGAUGUUAUAGUACCUUCAUAUUUGAUGGCGGAUACUUAGUAUAUUGUAUAAUUUAGUACAUUAUAAUGAUUUUUGUGUAUAUAUACCGAGAGAAAGAUAAUUCAAUGAAUUAUUCAAAAGAAAAGUUCCAUUUUAAUUAUCAUAAAACAAAAAAAUCGAUUUUUCAGUAAUAUUAUACUAAUACAGUUGGAUCACGAAGAUUCGACAGAUUUGUAUGCAAUUUGUGUUUGUAAAUUUGUUGAAUCCUCUUGAUCCGUGUUGUGAAAAUUCUAAUAGCCAAUCUAAUGUCAAAAAUUGCAUCGGCCAAAUUUAAAGAGGCACUGUAAUUUUGCAUACUAGAGCGGCUAAUCGAUGUAGUGUAAUCGACACGAAAUCUGUCAUACGUUGUUAUAUUUGUCAACGAUAUUUUUUUGUUUUAUGAAAAUUAAGUACAUACUAUUAUUAUAAUACAAAAUUUAACACAUUUUUCGUAAAUCGGUUUUGAAGACGUUUAGCCCAUAAGCGUUAAAAAAUAUUAAUAAUUAUUGAUAUGUAAAUUAUUAUUAUAUAUAUUAAUUUCAAACAUAAUUUUGUACACUGCGUUACCGAAUUUAUAAUUGUAUUUCAAUAGUCUGAAUGUUAUCUUUUUCGAAGGAAAAAACAAAAAUAAUUGUUUUGUUUGUG